AAAGCGGAUAGAAAUGCGGUUGUGGGAAUGCGCAGAUAGAGAGGCGGUUGGUGGUUUUGUAUUCUCAGUUCUCUUUCAAGUCUCCUCUAAAUCACUCAGCUGAAUCAAAUAGUAAGAAGAAAGGAUAGGACUGUAAUUAUGGCAUCCGCUUGCCUCUCAAUAAACUCCACCUCAAAACCCUUACUGCUUCUUCCUCCUACUACAUCCGCAGCCGCCGUUGCAUCUUCUUCUUCAUCGUCGUCGUUUUACUCAUCUCCGAGCUGCAAUGGUUGCCGCUGCUCUCUCCUUUCUUUCGCGCCGAUGUUUGGCUCUGGACGCCUAAUUUCUUUUGCUAGUAACGGUAAUAAAAGGAGUUGCAGGCGACAAAAACAAGUGGUUUGUAUGGCACCUGAUGAGGAAAAAUUAACUCGCCGGAAUCCUCUCGAUUUUCCUAUUGAGUGGGAAAGGCCAAAGCCUGGGCGCAGACCUGAUAUAUUUCCACAGUUUAGCCCCAUGAAGACACCAAUACCACCCCCAUUGCCAUAUGAUCCUCCUGAAGAAGACGAGGAAGAAGACGAAGAAAAGAAGAAAGAGGAAGAGGAGGAAGAUCCUGAGAAAGAAGAAGAUCCAGAUAAGCCAGACAAGCAGUAGUAUUUUUGAUCUGUAAGAGCCUCAAAUUUCUUUGUUGCCCUUUACUUAUCCAUUAUGUUCUUGAUUAGUUAUAUCUAGUUACCAACGGUGGUUACAGAAAAGUGGAUGAAUGCAUAAUCAUCAUCCAGGGAGAGUUUUGUCAUGGCUGGUAUUCGAGAUUGAGGAUAAAGGAUCUUGCGGGUCUCCUUUUAGGGCUUAGUAAAUGAUAGUGUGUGAUGAUAAGGAAAUUUUCAUCUCUUUUUGGUUGGAAUUUGGAUGGUAAGUUCUGAAUUUGAUUAGUAAAUUCAUUUUAAAUAUCCUAGUUUAAGUUGACUUGUGAAAUGAAAAUCGUAGUUUUUGCUAUUUUUAA